AAAUCUCAGCGGACACAUUUGAGCGAAAAGUCAAGGCGAACGGUUGGGCUUCGCGAAACUGAGCGGAGUACAAAAAAUUAAUUGCAUUCAAAAAUCAUAAUAUUUAUACAACAUAGUACAGUUAAAAACAAAAAACAACGAAAAAAAGAAAUAAUAAUAAUUUACAUAUUUCGGCAUUUGGCUAAGACACGACAAGCAAAAGAUAGAAGACGAAAAUAAAAUCAAAUUUAUUCGCAAAACUGGAAUUUUAAAUUAUAAACAACAUAAAAUUUAUUUACAUUACAAAUUGUGGACAGUAAGCGGCGAGCAAAAAAAAAACAUUUCCUUGAAUUUGUGUUGAAAAAAAAAAAAAUUAAUCGGUGAAUUAUGCGUGCAAAAUUGACUGGUGUAAUUACGUUACAAAGCUUCGACAACAACACAAAAACAAAAUAAGUAGCAACAAAAAUUUUACACAAAAUUAUAAAAAAAAUAUAAAUAAAAAAAAUCAACUGAAGAAGAGACUAGCGAAUAUAAGAAAUUCAACAGUCGGCGCUGUGUUACAUGAGUCAGUGUGCGUGUGCAUGUGUGUGUGUGUGUGCUAUUAUUACGAGCGAGCAAGUCGUAGCGCGCCCAAAUAAGCUAGCACCAUACCAACGAAAACAACAACAACAGCAAUACAAAAACCAACAAUAAUGCCAUUAACUAGAGCGAGUUGCGCAAGUGAUAACUGAAAAAGAUUAAAAUAAAAUUGAAAUAAAAGCAAAAACAAACAAAAAAUAAAAAAAAAACAUACGAAAAUCAGCAAAGCAAAAAGCAGUAAGAAAUUUUGCUUCUUUGAUAGCAACAACGAAAUGUUUUUAAAUAAUAUAAUAUUUUUAUAAAUAUGUAAGCAAAGAUAACAGUCAACUGAAGCUGAGGCGCACAAAUCGACACGCUCAAGAUUACUUACCAUAGAAGGAAAAUCAUCAAUUAUCAAUUAGAAGAUUCUGAAACGAGAGCAGCAGGGUAGCACUUCGCACGCACACUGCCGCCUUCUGAUUUUUUUUUUUUGUUUUUGUUUUCUGGCAGCUCACCCAGCGCCCGGCGCAUGCGACUAGUCACAGAUGAAUGUAUGCAUGUAUGAAACUGCCAUACGCAGAUCUCUUCCAAGAACAAUAAAUGCAUUGCAAGGCGCAUAGAUCCACGCACAGUUUUGCUCAAGUGCCCACAUAUGAAUGCAGAUGCAAAGUAAGCAUUUAAAAAAAAAGCAAAACAAAAACAUAUUUUCUUGGAACGUCACUUGAAAUCGCCUAAUUCACUAUUCUCCCAACCGUCGGCCGUCAUCGCUUGAUUUUGCCUAGAAUAAAUGUCCGCAACAACACUCGCACUCCCGCUUCAAGCAGCACCAACACAAAGCUGAGUAUAGGAAUAGUAGUAGAUAAAAGGAAACAAAACUCGGCUGCUAGUAACGUCAAUCACUCCGGGGCCAGAGAUAAUCAAACGCCAUUGCUGCGACUACAGAUGCAAAGAAAUUGAUACCAAAUUAGCGUCAAGGAUACAGCGAUCAGUAAUUUGAAGUGAGCGUGCGGAAUAUGGAAAGCGAGAAAAUGUCGUCGUUCUAUUCGAGUUCAACUAAGUUAUCUCAAAGCAAUUGCUUGACUCUACCUCAUCUGACGUCUGCUACAAACACAGCAACGCCGAUGCAAUCCUCUGCCCAGCUAUCGCUUUCACUCAAGGUGGAACAAGCAAUUUCCGCAAACGCAUUUCUCGAGCCAUCACCUUCGUCUUCGUCUUCGGCUUCGACGUCAUCUUCCUUCAGCGAUCCUUUCGCAGCCUACGCGAACAACUUUGAUCUAUCACUACUACCUCAAGAUUGCGCUCCAACAACAACCGGGAAUAUACCCACCAUUGUCUAUCAGUUUGGUUGCAAUACGACCAAUAUACCAACGCCGACAUCGCCGCCCGUAGCAGCCACUCCGACAACACCCGUGCCGAUUAGCGCACUUUUAACGCCACCUGAAAUUAAAAUCGAACAAGCUUGGUCGUUCGGCUCCUCUAUCUCCCUGCCGGAGGAGAUCAAGCGGGAGCCGCAACAGCAACCGAUGCUAAAGUCGCCCAAUCAGCUGAUACCACCACCACCAUAUCCGCACAUCUAUCCGUCACCUCAGUCGAGUCCUGCUCAAUCGGAAUACGGUUUGCCACUAUCACAAUUUGCCAGUUGCUACGAGUCAGUGAGCUCAUCGCGUUCAUCGCUGCAUCCCGCUUCACCGUAUCCUUUAUUAGAUGCCUGCAAUAUCAAGCAAGAGUUGCACAUCCUACCUCCCUCACCGCCGGAGUCCAAUUGCGAAACGCCAUCGCCGCAUUCAUCGUGGCCCGAUAUCAAGUCGGAGCCCAUUGAUGCUGAUGUUGAGGCGUUAAUAGACUUGAAUAUGUUGCUGGACAAAACCGAGUGUCAGUUAAAACAACAAACAACGAUGCCUAUACAGCAGCAGCAGCAACACCAACAACAUCAGCAGCAGAAGCACAAUCAGCAAAGUCAAGAUCAUCAAAUGCUUCGGGAGUUUUUCGAAGAGAAUCGUUUUCCAAUGGGUUGUAGCAUGGACGAAGUUAGCGGCAAUAUCGAACAAGUGAUCUCAAUGGCUCUCGAGGAUACGAAGAGUCAGGCAGUGGAGACCUGUGCCAAAUUGCGAAUAUCUCAAGAUUCCUGCGAUUGGUCAGUUUCUCAAGUGCACGCCUGGCUACGUUUCACGGUGGAGCAGUUUAAAUUACCGGAAAUCGCGGAUUUGGAGACGAAAUUUCCGGAAAAUGGUGCAGCACUGAUUUUGCUGAGCGAGGAAGAAUUCAAGCGAAGAGUGCCAGAGGGUGGAUCCGACUUAUAUGCCCAACUGGAGGUGUGGCGCUAUCACUUCAACAGUAAUGCACCGGACAGCGAUGACGACGAAGAAAUGCUGCCCACUACGAGCGCCUUAGCUGUUGCAAAAACAACAGAAACUAAGCGUUCUGGCCGCAGCGGUGGCUCACACAUACAUUUGUGGCAAUUCCUGAAGGAACUCUUGGCCGAACCACAACUGCAUGGAACUGCCAUACGUUGGAUUGAUCGUAAUCGCGGCAUAUUCAAAAUAGAAGAUUCCGUACGAGUGGCGAAAUUAUGGGGCGGGCGUAAAAAUCGUCCUGCUAUGAAUUAUGAUAAAUUGUCGCGUUCGAUAAGACAAUACUAUAAGAAAGGUAUCAUGAAGAAGACGGAGCGCUCACAGCGUCUGGUCUAUCAAUUCUGUCAUCCAUAUCAGUUGUAAGUGAGCCGCAGCACAUAUUUGUGAAUUAGAAGUGAGUUGAGCAGAGAGAUGACUGUUUAGCUGAAAUGGAGAAUGGAAGUGCAGAUUUGGAGAGCGAACACAUAAAGAUGAAAAAGGAGCGAAAUGACAGCCACCGGAAUGGCAUUAUUGAGUAAUCGAUAAUUUAUUGCUAUUUAUUUAUUUAUUUAUUUAUUUAUUGCAUAUGCAUAUAUAUACAUACAAAUUUAUUAUGAAGAGAUAUUGCGAGCAUGCGCAGAAGUUGAGAGCCCAAUUAUUUAUUUAUUUAUUAACUUAUUUAUUAAUUAAAUUAUUUAUUUAUUGAUAACGAAAAAAGUGCCUACAAAUACUUCAUAAGCCAAUACAAAUCGAUGGUCACAAUGUAUAGAAUACAAAAGUUGCGCUCAUCUCAUACUGCUAGACCACCAAUUCUCUACAAUUGCACCACAGCGAUUUGUUUUUUUUUCUUUUUGUUUCUGUAAUUUCGUGCGCUUCUCUCAUUCGUUUUCGUUUUUUCACAUUUCUAUACCAGUGUAACGUCACACAAAAAUGAUGCCUCCUUGAUGAGCGCAAUCUUGUAUUCUAUGUAUAAUUCUUGAUCAAUUAUGGUUGUUGUUGUAUUACACAGUAGCAACAGCAUUGCGCUCGGAGCCUAACAAUUGAGUUGUAAUGUUUUUGUAAUUCUUGAAUCUCUGAAAUGUCCAGUGAGUAAAUACUCUUUUUUCGAACGCUCGAUGAGAGUCAAGCGAAAUAACGGUUUUUUUAUUUUUGUACUUAUUGUCAUGUAAAUUACCGUUUAUCAAGUAAGUGUAAGUGUAACAGAGCAAGAUAUGAUAAUGAGACAAACGCAUUGCUACAACACAAGAAAAUAUAUACGACUGACUGAAUGAAACAACAAUAAAUUCAUAUAAAAAUCAAACACAUACAGAAACAUUUGCAAAGACUAAAUCCAACCAAUGACUGCAUCAAUCGAAUUUGAGUAUGCAAUUUUAAUCAUCAGUGCCUUUUUACAUGCAUGCGUGCAUAUGUAGGUGUGCAUAUAAGUACUUUAAGGAGGUUUUUAAGUUGGCAAAGAAUCAGAAAUAACUUGUACAUAAAAAUAUAGAUAAAAUUCUCCGAAAUACUCGCAAAAAUUUGCUAAAAAUAGUAAUCUAAAAUAUCACCAAACUGCAUCGGCUCUAUUGAUUAGAUGACAAUUCAUAUGUCAGUCAGUUUUAUUGCAAGAUAUGCUCGUUAGCACUCACACCAACACAUGCCUGUUUCAUAUUACAAAUGUAUGCACCUGUUUAUGUGUAGCGGUAACACUGGAAAGCCAUAUAUCUAUGAUAUAUCAGUUUAAGUUCUAUGAACAAAAGAAUUUAGUUUUAAGUUUUGAGGCGAAAAAUGUAAAGAAAAAAUAUUCAAUAUGGGUCUACAUGUAAUCCUUUAAAAGGCAGUGCGCGCUUUACAGAAAACAUAGUAGAUAUAGCAAUUUCAAAGUUAAUUGAAACCCAAAAGAAAGAAAGAAAUGCUGCCUUGAAAAUUUUUUGAUACACAAAUUUUAUGAAUAUUAAAAUGUAAAAAAAAUUUUUGAUGAACAUCUCGAUUUUCUGCAAAGCUUCUGUCAGCAAUAAGGAGUUGGUAAUUUAUUUAUAAAAAAUAAAAAUAUUUAUAUGCACGUUGAUGUGACAAUAAUUUAUUAGCUGUUAGGGAAUUCGAAUUGUAAAUGGAUAUGUUUUUGGUGUGGGUCAUUUAUUAUAGCUUUAGAGAAACUGCAAAGUGUAAAUGUCAAAGACAAAGCAGAAAAUAUUUAUUUAUUUAUUUAUUUAUUUAUUUAAUGACGUUUUUUAUAAACGAAGCAAUGUGUUUGCCAUUUCAGCAAAAAAAAACAAAACUAAGUAAAUAUUUUUAUAAUUAUUUAUUUAUUUAUUGUAGAUUGUUUAAGCGAACAAACCAGUUGUCAUAAAAGUGUAAUAAUUUAUUUAUUUAUUUAACUAUUUAUUUAUUAAAUUUUGAUAAACAAAAAAUACAAAACGAAGACAAUGAACCAUUUGAUGCCACUCGUUAGCGAUUAAGCAUAUUUAUUUAUUUACGUAUUUAUUAACUUAUUUAUUUGCAUACAAAAAAAUCAAAAAAAAAAGAAUCAAAAUAACGCAAAAUAAAGCUCUCGGUAGCAAAAACGAGGAAGGAGAUGACUAGUAGGAACAUAGCUGUGGACUUUUGGUCAAAUAACUUGUGUGACUUUUACAGUUCUGGCGCUUAGAUGCAUACAUUUUGAGCUUGCAGAAACAAUUUUUUAUAAAUUAUUUCAAUUUAUUUUCCAACUUAGUGGGAUUACUAUAUCCACAGCUGUGUAUAGUUACCACUGCAAGUUAAAUUGCCUUGAAACUUACGAGUUUAGUGCUACCCAAUAGUUAGAAAGUGCCAAGUCCAUCCACGUUCUUGUGCCAAAAGUCCACAAAUAUGUAUCAGUCAAUCAGCCCAAGAACAAAUGCCAUUUGAAAAAUUCGUUUUAACAACGAAAUACUUAAUUUAUUUAUUUAUUUUAGUAUUUAGUUGAAAAUUAAUGUUUUUGAUAAUUUUAACUACCUACUAAUUUAUUUAUUCAAUUUGCGGAACGGCCAAUUUGGCGCCUUCAAGUAACUUUAAGUAUUUCAGAAACCACAAAGUGCGACGAGCGUUGCCACAUAUUUCUGAAUAUUUAUAACAAAUAACUCGAUGGGAAAUUAAAAGUGGACUCAAAACAAAAACAAAAACAAAAGGCGAACAAAGAUUUGUUUUUUGCUCACUAUUUAUUUACUUAUUUAUUGUCGAACAAUCGAUUAUUUAUUCCAUAAUUUAUUUAUUUAUUAAAAACAAAAAAAAAUAUUUAUUUAUUUAUUUAUUGCAAGAAGUUGUAACAUUUCGAUAAUUGAAAUAAAACGCAAACGAUUUGUGUCAAAUAA